CUGUGAGGGUUGCUCAAGCUUUUCCCGACUACCUCAGGAUCGGUCAUACAUAAAUAACCAACACACGACGAACAUUGAUCCAACGACGGAAGAAAAUGCUCACGUCAGCAGAAUUGGCGAGUAUAAAGAGAGACUAUUGAAAUUUCCUCCAUUUCAAAUACCGGUGGUUGAGUACAGAACAAGUUGUAAAAAAUCAGAUGAAGAGGACACAAAACAGGCUUUGACAAACUUUCCCUCGAGAUGAGCACCACGAGCAGACUUCGAUCAUCGGUGAAACCUGAGCCCCGUAAUUAGCGCUACGUCGUUGUAAUACACGCUUACCUUCGCCAUCCAAGGCGGAGCCAACGCACGCGCAGAGGGUGUAAGAUUGACAGGUAGGCCAGGCAGACAGCUGUUCAGCAUUGAGAGUUUGCAGUGUGCAGAAGGAUAAGUAAUCAGAGAUAGCGGGUUACCUUGUGGAGGAUAUGCUGUCGGCGUUAUUCAGCCCAGGGCGCGAUCCGGUUCAUGAGAAACUCUCCAUACUUCAAACCUUGUUCUGAAACAAGAAGCAGUGCUCGUGGAGCUAUUAUUUUCUCUCUGCCUCUCUCCGCGUCUGUGUCCGAAUAUAAAAAAAAUACAGUUCCCGACAGAGAGAAAAUAUUAUUCCAGUUUUAAAAUUUAAUAACGAAAGUCUACAUUUGUGAAAAGAUCGAAGACUUGAGUCAGACCAACUCACGAUGAGGAUAAGCCUACGGUCCGUUGACUGGAUAUAUCUUCAUUUGAUUACAGUGAUUGUGGUGUGCGGCUUUGGCAUUGUUGGCUCAGUGGACAACAACAAGAAAAGGUCCUGAUGGUUAACCAUCACUACAAGAGGGCCUAUUUCUCAUAACCAUCCGCAAUCGGAUUCUCGCAUACUCGCGCACUAAAUCUUGAAAGAAGUGCACAUCUCAAGUCUGAACGUAGCGAUAGCUAGUUCACUUCCACUGUAUCACCAGAGCGUGAUAACUGAACUGUGAGCUGUACCCAAGGAAGAUAUUACAUCAGCAAGGAUGGACAUGCACAGACUUGUGGCGUGUGUUGUCCUCGGUGCAAUGUUAAUCCACGGCGUUGUAUCUGUUGAGAAGAGCGUGAAGAGGUAUGAGGCGGCCACAGGAUCGGACCACCGACCUUCCGCGCUCAGGGCGGACGUUCCAUCCACUAGGUCGCGGAGGCGGUCCACGUCAAAAGGACUAUCUAGAUCUCAACUUUUGGAACUACUUCUAAAUACGGCCAAAACAGGUGACCAGGAUGUCAAGAACACGCCCCCAAACUAUAACUCAGACACGGCAACAGAUAUCGAAGUUAUGUUAUACGUGGAUAGCAUAGACUCCAUCAACGAAGCUAAUAUGGACUUUACCCUGAGUGUCUUACUACAUCUACAAUGGAAAGACUCGCGUCUUGUCAGCUUUAACAUUGGGCCAUCUUUUGGAAAUCUUACAUUUCUUGAAUUUGACUCUCAAAGUAUUCAAAGGAUAUGGGUGCCAGAUAUAUUCUUCCCUAAUGAAAAAAGGGCAAGCUUCCAUGACGUCAUGAUGGCCAAUCAGAUGAUGCGAUUGUAUCGAGACGGGUUGAUUCUCUACAUAUCUAGGUUAUCAAUGACCCUGAGUUGUCCUAUGAACUUGCGGUACUAUCCAUUCGACAAACAAUCGUGUUCAGUACAGAUCAUGAGCUUUGGAUACGCCGAGGACAAGCUAAACCUUAAAUGGAUGAAUUCGACCAACAGCGACGCCGUCGUUGUCAACGACAUCGUGGAGCUGCCGCAGUUCGAGGUGACAGGCUCGGAACCAAACAGAUGCAGGAAGAAAUACCAUCAGAGUACAGGCGUUCACAGUUGCCUCCAGGCGAACUUCUUCCUCGCUCGCAACAUCGGCUACUACGUUGUCCAGAUGUACAUCCCCAGCAUCCUCAUCGUUAUGUUGUCCUGGAUCUCAUUCUGGCUCACCGUCAACUCAGUUCCGGGCCGCAUUUCAUUGGGCGUGCUUACCGUCCUCACCAUGACAACGCAAAGUUCAGGGGUCAAUGCCUCGCUUCCGCGUGUCUCCUACACUAAAGCUAUUGACGUGUGGAUGUCCACCUGUCUGGUGUUUGUAUUUGCCGCACUACUGGAGUUUGCUAUCGUCAACGUCUUGAGCCGCAAAGAAACCCUGUCUGGUUUCACGAUACGCAAUGUUUUCAGUAUUCCUAGAGAUUUUGAAAAAGGGGAUCAACUAAAGGAGCAAUCCUCACCAUUGGACGGCGGCCCACGUCGAGAAAGCUUCAGCACAAAGCGACAAGGCAAGCGUGGGAUAGUAUACGCCAUGUAUUUAGACGUAGCUUCCAGAAUCGGCUUCCCCGUGGCAUUUUUAUUGUUCAUAAUGGUGUACUGGCUGUAUUACAUCAACGUGGAAUAACACUGGACUGGUGGACAAUUGUGGACAAUGGUGGACAAGUACGUCCGGAUUACAUGACAAUGGAAUAUAUUGAUGACGAGCUCCUGUUAGAAUACAAUUCCUGUUGAUGGAUAGAGAUACACGGUAACAAGGGUUGUGAUGCUGUAUUUUGUUAUGGAGUAGAAAGAAUUGGUAACCAUGAGUAUGGUUCAAACAUUGCAAGAAGAUAUGGACUACAACUUCAGGUAUCAGUACACAGUGUAUAUACCAACGACAUGGCAUAUUUGAAGAUGGAUGUAUAGUUUCUUGGACGGAAUUCCUGUGGUUAUUUGAACGACAUCCGGAUACAUUUACAGUAUAUUUCGUGUGAAAGAAUAUGUUGUUUUAGAAGCAUGCAGUUAUGGACACUGCCAUUCGAAUUAGACGAAUGUCACUUCGUUUCAGAGAAAAAUAACUUACGGUUGUUGUGAAAAGGUGAAGCCCUGGCAAUGAAUAGCGGAGGGUAUCUGGACUACAACAAAGGGAUUUUCUGUUGUGAACGUUUUGAAACUGUAAAACAAAGUGUUAUUCUUCCCUCGUGCAAUGAACUAUGUUGCUCUUUAUCGUCAACGGGAUAUACUUUAGAUGCCCAUAGACUGGUUCAGCUGUGACAAUCAUACUUAACCAUAUCAACAUCUUUCUCACUCCAAAAAUAUUUAUGAUAUCCCAUCUGUGCAAUGUUGAUGUUAUUUAAUAUGAUAUAGCCAUUUCAUUUGAGUAGUAGAAAAAAGAGAUGUUUCAGAUAAAUCUCAUCACACUAUUCGGCACUUCAGCCACAUUGUAUUACACAAUUUCUCACUGUUGAAUUUCCUUCUGUUAGCAAUGCCAUGAUAUGAAUGAUCGUAUGAGUGCUAUCUUGUCUUAGGCAUUUAUAUUCUUACCAUGUUAUAAUGUGUUAUGUACUAGUGUAUAUAUUGUUUAACAUGCCAAAUAGGGUAUGAAGCGCCACAGUACCGGUGACUGUUCCCUCGGUAUUAGGCCAGCUAUUGAGACCAAUCCUUCUGAUCUAUGACACAUUACAUGUUGUU